AUGAUUGCAACCUAUUUAGCUUCUCAUGAAGAUAUAUCUGCAACUGCCACCCAUGUGGGGAAAGGUUUGUCCAGGGAUGAUAAGGCACGUAAACAUGCUUUACAGCAUUGGCUCGAGGAUAUUGAUCCUCGACACCGCUAUGGCCACAACCUACAAUUUUAUUAUGUCAAUUGGCUCCAAUGUCAUAGUAAACAGCCUGGUUCGACAUUGGAGAAGAGAAAUACAAAUAACAAUAAUAAUAACUCGAUCGAGAGAGAUCCAAGUCAGUGCCUCAAGAGUGCAAUAGCGGAGAAGAGAAGAGAGGUGGUAAUGACGGCGCCGGAGACUGGCAAAGAGAACGCAUCUCCUUUGUCUGGUGAAGGCGCCGGUGCCUGA